CCUUGUGUUACGCCUAAAUAAAACCGGAGCGUCUCCUUAAACACAGAAGCUAACAAGGCGCAUUUCGAACACACGAAUUAUAACGAUAUUUGACAGUUUUCUUCAAUAUAUCGACGGUCGUGAUUCGAGACAGUGCAGAAGAUGUCCAGCGACACAGAGGUCGACAUGAAGGACGUGGAGCUGAACGAGGUGGAGCAGGAGAGGCAGCCGAUGACCACUGGGAACGGUGAUGCCAGUCUGGCUGUCAAAAACGGUGAAGUGAAGGUCAAGAUUCCUGAGGAGAACGAGUCCAAAUUCACUGGUCUGUCUAAGGAGGAGCUGUUACAAGUUGCCGGAACACCAGGGUGGGUGCGAGCCAGAUGGGCACUCCUCAUCCUCUUUUGGCUUGGUUGGCUUGGCAUGCUUGCCGGCGCCAUCGUCAUCAUUAUACAGGCACCUCGGUGCAAACCGCUUCCUGAGAUGAACUGGUGGGAUAAUGGGCUCCUGUACCAGAUCGGAGAUGUUGAUGCAUUUGCUGGGCCUGAAGGACUUAAAGGUUUGGAGGCAAAGGUCGGUGCUCUGUCGCAGCUCAAGGCGAAGGGUCUGAUUAUAGGUCCUAUUCAUUUGUCCACUGCUGAAAAAUUGGAUGACCUGAAUUUGGUUGAGGUUGAUCCUGCUGUUGGCAAUCUGACCGAUUUGGAGGCACUUAUCGGGGCGGCACGCAAGAAGAGUAUUUCUGUGGUUUUGGAUCUGACCCCAAACUACAAAGGAUCCGAGCCAUGGUUUUCCAACUCCUCAGUGGCUAAAGUCGCAGAAAAAGUCAAGGUUGCUACUGAUUACUGGCUGAAGAAAGGUGUUGAUGGUAUCUUGCUAUAUGGCGUUGAACGUGUCGCCAGUGUUGCACCAUUGACUUGGGCGAGCAUCAGGGAUACCGUCAAUAAUCACACUAAAGAGGAGAGCAAAAAGGUCUUAAUUGGUGUUACCAGGGCCACAUCUCCUGAUCAGGUGAACAUGGUGUUGAAUCAGACCGGUGUUGAUUUGCUCAUUUCUGAUGUCCUGUUUGGCAAAUCUGGAGCCACAGUCGGUCAGGUUGUGCAGACUUUAUACUCCCAGAAUGGGCAUCGACUCGCUUGGAAUUUGGGCCACCGUCUCAAGGGACACCUGGCGAGUAUGGUUGAUUCUGCAACCAUCAAGUUACACCAGCUGCUGCUGCUUACCCUGCCUGGUACUCCCAUCUUCAACUAUGGUGAUGAAAUUGGAAUAACAGAUAAGGAUGCAGUGAUGUGGGACUUGUCCAACACAAACGAAAGUGAUAAGACCGAGGUUGAACGAAGGAACUCUCUGCGCACUUUCUUCAAGACCGUGAGUGAUCUGCGAUCAAAGGAGCGCUCUCUUUUGCAUGGAGAGUAUGUGCCUCUGCACAACAGCGCCAGUGCUCUCGCAUACUUUCGCUCAUGGGAUCAGAGCGAACGUUACCUAGUUGCAUUCAACUGGUCGCCGACUGAAGAGGUCAUUCUGCAGCUGAAGCACGAUGUCCUUCCUGACAAAGCCACGGUUGUUGUCAGUACCAAUGUUGAAACAAUGGCUCCCGACCAAUCGGUUACUCUGGCCGAAUUAAAGCUGCAGCCACAACAGGCUGUUCUGCUGAAAUUCCCUUAUGUUGCAUAAAUAGCUGUUCUAAAUGUGCAGAGUAAAAUGUGGUUGUCUGGUAUUGUUACAUUUAAUGAAAUUUGUUACUGUUGACAUGCUAAAAUGUGCAGACUUGGGCAAAAACAUUAGCGAUGUGUAUGUAAGUGCAUAAAACAAAGCCCUAUAGGUCAAGACCAAUGGUUUCAUUGAAGCCCUUUUUGUUUGUUUGUUUUAAUCCAUAUUUGAAAAAAUAAAGAUUCCAAGUUUUAGCCUAUUUACAAGUUUUAUUGGAUAUAGUGCAAUUUUCGUGAUGUUACUGAGUUUGAUUCAGUUGUUUGUAUACCGUGAAACUGCAAAAAUUAAAAUAAAAGGAACAGUAUAAGUGGUA